AUGAAACCGUCAAUAUGGCCGCGGUGGCUGGGUCCAGGCGGCGGACGAGCGUUUUCAGUGCUCAGGGACCCCCGCACGGUGACUAGUUUUGAGCAGCUUGGGCUGACGCCCCGGGCCUGUGCUAAGUUUCCUGUUCCCACGGAGAUGCAGAAGAAGAUGCUGACGGUCGUUCAGUCUGGCAAAUCGUUGAUCGCCCGGUCGCCGCCGGGCAGCGGUAAGUCGGUUGCUGCUGCACUAGCACUGUCCAAAGGCACCAAAGAGGGCCCGCUCAAAAAUCUCAUCUUGGUCCCCACGGGGGGCCUCGCGCAGCAGUAUGCAAAGCUGCUGAGCUCGCUUAAAAUACCCGUGCGGCAGCUUUACAGAACAGGCAAAGAGUACAAUGACGAGAUGCAGCACCGCUCGUUUGUCUCUGGCUGCUCGACGCUGGUUGCGACGCCCACACGACUACUAGACUACAUGAACUAUGACGCUUCAUUAGUCGACCUUGCGAGCUUGGAAACGCUGGUGAUCGAUGAGCUCGAGGAGUACGAGAAAAAGGGCAAAGUGACCGGGGUCGAGGUGCUUGCCAAGUACAUUCUGGGCAAGGCAGACAAUCCCGCUGUGAUAGUGCUGUCGUCCGUGCAAAGACCGCUGGAGUUCCUGCAGCUGGCUGGCGUGUUCGAAGUACAGGGUAAAAAGCGGCCAUUUCUGGAGGUCUCUACCGACUGGGAGACUGCCAAGGCCAGUGUGUUUUUGACAGAUCCAAACGGGAAAACUCUUGAUACCAAUUCAGAUUGGAUCCACAGCGCCAAAGUGUCAAUCGAUCGCUACGUGGAAGCAUUGGCAAACAUCUGGCAUGGUGACGGCGUGGUUGUGGUGCCAUCAAGCGUUUCUCCCAGAGAAAUUGCCCAGGCUGUUUUCUCGAAACUCAAACAUCGGGUUCAGAUCCUUCACGAGCAGGACUUGGUUGGAAUAAACUUUCCCGAUCUCAAAAAUUUGUACAUACUAGGGUGGGACCAAAGCUAUGAUCUGGAGAAACUUGUGUAUACGCCUCAAGGAUCGGGAUCAGCGGUUAGAAUUGCUUUGACCCCCGCUCAAACGACUGAACAAGGUCGGGCGCUCUUGGCCCAACAAUCGCAUUUAUAA